GGUGGUGGAGACACCCUCACCAUCUCGAGAGAUAGCCCAAGCUACUGACUCCAGCGUCGUCCCGCAAGCACAUUCAAACCCAUAGAGCCUCUGUUCGAUGAAUGUGUUUGAGUCCUUAGAGGAGCUAGAGGUGGAGUGGUCUAGAUCAGACCCGCUAGCUUCUUGGACGGCAUUAGUUAAAGCCCCAAGGGGUGAAAUGUUCGUCAGCGAGGUAGUCAUUGGCGGCUGCAAGGACGGGGCCUAUUAUGACACUUGCUCGACUCGGAACUUUAUUAGUCGCGCGUGCGUUGAGAGACUGUGUUUACAGGGGCGAGUGCAGCACCUGAGUCGACCUGUGGAGUCGACCUGUGCCAACAAACAGCGCAUGGUAGUUAACGACUACCUCCAGGAUGUAGAGUGUUGUUUCCCGUACGCGGGAGGGGACUUGAGACAUCGUGUCUCGUUCCUAGUGAGUGAUGAGCUCCCAAUGGACAUGUUACUAGCCGCGUUCUACAAUUAUCAUAAGCAAAAUCAGGAGGAGGGUAUGUAUUUAGUCUCUGUCUCUGCUGCAGGUGAGCCGGUGAAAAUGCCGCCGGAGAUAGAGGGAGUAGUUGCUAAGUACCCUGAUCUAUUUGAAGAGCCAACAGGGGUCGUUGAGAUGGAGGUCGUCCACGCGAUAGAGAUUAUCCCAGGAUCUCGUAUUCCGAAGGUUAGGAUCUAUCGGGAGUCUCCAGGCGAGCUUGAUGAGCUUCGCCGCCAACUCAAGGAACUCGUAGAGAAGGGAUGGAUCCGGCCGAGUGUCUCUCCUUAUGGAUCUCCAAUUCUAUUCGUGCCUAAGAAGAAGGAGGGUACUCUUAGGAUGUGCAUUGACUAUAAGGGCCUACCGCGCAUCGACGAUCUGCUAGAUAGAGUGCAAGGGUGUCGGUACUUAAGCAAGAUGGAUCUGAAGUCCGGGUACGGUCUGUAUGAGUUUGUGGUGAUGCCUUUCGGCCUAUGCAAUGCUCCUGGCACCUUUCAGCACGCUAUGCAUCGGAUAUUCCAUGACUACAUGGAUAAGUUUGUCAUCGUAUACCUCGAUGACAUACUUAUUUUUAGUAAGAAUAUCGAGGAGCAUGUUGCACAUUUGGACAAAGUCCUCAGUCUCCUGCGACAGCACAAGUUCAAGAUCAACGGUGAGAAGUGCGAGUUUGGCCGCACCCGUGUCUUGUACUUGGGUCAUGAGAUUUCCGCGGAAGGGUUGAAGCCCGAUGACGCGAAGGUGGCCAGCAUUCGUGAUUGGCCACGUCCUCAGUCUGUGAAUGAGAUGAGAUCUUUCUUCGGAAUGACAGGCUACUACAGGACUUUCGUUAAGAACUAUAGCAUAGUGGCCGCUCCUUUGUUUGAUCUGACCCGCCUUGACACCCCGUGGGAGUGGACAGACGAGUGCGAGGCUGCUUUCAGACAUCUGAAGCAUGCGUUGACGCACGUGUGUCAUGAUGCCACCGACCAUUUUGGGUAUAAGAAGACCGCAGCCAACUUGCUGCAGCGGUUCUGGUGGCCCACGAUGAUGCGAGAUGCUCAGCUGUACGUGGAGACUUGUCAAGUUGGGGACAGAGUCUGGGUUAAGUCCUCAGAACUGGGACAGGAGCACGGGAUCUCCCGCAAGCUCAUGCCACAGUACUUUGGACCAUGGGAAGUCUUAGACAUCGUUGGCACAGAUCCGGAUGGCCCAUCUUAUGUUAUCCAGAUCCCUGGUCAUCUUCGAACUUACCCUGUCUUUCACGCCUCCAAACUUGCACCUUUUAAGGAAACAGAUGAGUUUCCUUCUCGUCGCUCAAUGCCGCCCCCAACCAUGGAUGGACAAGUGGACAUUGACAACAUCGUGGAUCACAGGGAGCUGCCAGCUCAGAGACGUGCAGGAAGGGGACGUCCUCCGAAACCGAAGCUGCAGUACCGCGUUCGGUUCCGGCACCACACUGAUCCGAAGGAGGACCGCUGGUUCACCAGGGAAGAGCUCAUGCAGACCGCUCCUCAAGUUGUAACUCAAUACAAAAGAUCUCUGCAGAAGGGAAAGCACCCUAUGAUCGAAGAUUGAGCUUCUCAGAGGACUGUUGAAGUUAUCGGUUGCUGGUGAAUCCUUCCUGGGGUUGAGUUGUGCCACUCUUUCCAGUAAAUGCGGUUUUCUCGU